AUGAACCCUGCUGUUCAGCAACAGCGUGCAUACACUCUUUUGAUUGAACUACUGGCUCAUCAGUUUGCCAGCUCUGUCAGAUGGAUUGAAACUCAGGAUGUACUUUUCCGUGAUUUCCAGGUUGAGCGUUUGAUUGAAGUUGGCCCUAGUCCUGUAUUGGCUGGUAUGGCUGCUCGUACCCUCAAAAUUAAAUAUGAGGCUUAUGACGAUGCUGUUAAUCAGAAGCGUACCCAGCUUUGCUCUACUAAAAAUCGUCGUGAGAUUUACUACGAAUUUGAAGAUGCUGUUGCAGAGAUUGCCGAACCGGUAGUUUCCGACGCUCCUGCUGCCGCACCCGCUGCUGCUGCCGUUGCUGCUGCUCCAGUUGCUGUCUCGGUUAGUGCUGCUGGCCCUGUUUCCGAAGAGCCUGUCACGGCAAGCGAGGUGCUGUAUGUUUUGAUUGCCAACAAACUGAAAAAGUCUCUGGAUGAAAUUCCAUCCAGCAAAACCAUCAAGGAUCUGGUUGGUGGAAAGUCUACUUUGCAAAAUGAAAUUCUUGGUGAUCUUGCCGCUGAAUUUGGCAACGUUCUUGCAGACAAAUCUGAAGAAUUGCCUCUUGGCGAAGUUGCAUCUGCUUUGCAAAAUUCCCAUUCUGGUACUCUUGGUAAAACCUCUACUACUCUUGUUAACAAAUUGGUUUCUGGAAAGAUGCCUGGUGGAUUUGGUAUGGGUCAGGUCAAGGCUCACAUGUCUUCUGUUCAUGGCCUUGGACCCAAGCGUACUGAAGGUGUUUUGCUUCACGGUCUCGUUCACGAACCUGCCGCACGUCUUGGUUCUGAGAUAGAGGCCAAGGCUUGGCUUGAUAAGAUUGCUGUUUCUUAUGCUUCCAAACUUGGUAUUUCACUUGGUGGUGGUGUUGAAGCUGCUGGCGGAGCUGCCGGUGGAGCCGCUACUGGAGCUGUAACUGUCAAUAGCAAAGAUUUUACUGAUCUUAAAGACAAGAUGAACAAGAUGGUGCGCCAGCAGUUGUCUUUGUAUGCCAAAUUCCUUGAUGUCGAUCUUUUGGAAGGCUCGCGUCUUGCUGAUGCUCACAGCAAUCUCAAUGCAGCUCUGCAGCUACAGUUGGACAUGUGGCAGACUGAGCAUGGAGAUGCUUACGGUGAUGGUAUUCGUCCAUCCUUUGACAUUCUCAAAGCUCGAAUUUUCGACUCUCACUGGAAUUGGGCUCGCCAAGAUGCUCUCCAGCUGUACUAUGACUUUGUCUUUGGACGCAUUACAAGUGUUGAUCGCGAUCUGAUGAAUCAGGCCGUGCACUUGAUGAAUCGCACUGACGAUGCUGAAGCUGUUAUUAACUUUAUGGAGUACUACAUCAACAACUGCGAUGAAAGCAAGGGCGAAAACUAUGCUCGUGCCAAGACACUUGGCCGUGUUCUCAUUGAUAACUGCAAGGCAGCUCUCAAUGCUGACCCUGUGUAUAAAAACCUGGCUUAUCGUCCAACCAAGCCAGUCACAACCAUUAAUGAUAAGGGCGAGCUACUGUAUGUUGAGGAGCGCCGCAGCACUAGCAAUAUGAAGGAUUACGUCAAUGAGAUGCGCGUUGGUAGCAAUCUCACCAAACUGCCCGACUCUUCCUCAUUGAUUGCAGAUUUUAGUGCUCUUAAUGAUCUUGUCAAGACCAAUGGUGUUGCCAAUGUCGAGUUCAAAAACAAGUUGGAUACCAUCUUCAAGUCUAUUAAGGAUAACAUUCCCCAGCCAACGUUUAAUCAGCCCAAUUUGCCCUUUUUGUUCCUCAAGCGUCGCUCUGUUGCUGAUCCCAGUCAUUGGGAGCCCGAUGCAGAACUUACCAAUGUCUAUCUUGACUCGUUGGCUGAAAUGGCCAAGGAUGGUAUUAGUUUCAAAAAUCGAAACGUGCUCAUUACUGGCUGCGGAAAGGAUUCUAUUGGCGUGGAAAUUCUAAAAGCACUGCUUUCUGGAGGUGCUCAAAUCAUUGUUACUACGUCUCGUUUCCAAAAGUCUAAUCUUGAGUAUUAUCAGUCCAUCUACGAGUCACACGGUUCAAAGGGAUCGCGUUUGGUGGUUGUUCCGUUUAACGGAGGCUCGCACCAGGAUGUCAAGGCUAUUGUUGAAUACAUCUACAACAAGGAUCCCAAGCUAGGACUUGGUUGGGAUCUUGAUGCAAUUAUUCCAUUUGCUGCUAUUCCAGAACAAGGUCGCGAGCUUGAUGGUAUUGAUUCCAAAUCUGAGCUUGCUCAUCGCAUCAUGUUGACCAACCUGCUUCGCCUGCUCGGUGAAGUCAAGACCAAAAAGGCUUCGUUUGGAUACGAUACUCGUCCUGCUGCCGUGAUGCUUCCACUUUCUCCUAACCACGGUACUUUUGGCGGUGAUGGUCUAUAUGGCGAGUCCAAGAUUGCUUUGGAGACUCUUAUGAACCGGUUCCAUUCUGAAAAAUGGAGCAACUAUCUUACCAUGAUUGGUGCAGUUAUUGGUUGGACUCGUGGCACUGGUCUAAUGUCUGCCAAUAACAUGGUAGCUCAAGGAAUCGAGUCUCUUGGUGCCCGUACCUUUUCUCAACAUGAGAUGGCAUUCAAUCUAGUUGGUCUGCUUCAUCAGUCGAUUGUUAACCGCACCUACACUGAACCUAUUUGGGCAGAUCUCAAUGGUGGCUUGCAUUUUGUAGCCGAACUCAACAAAAUUUCAUUUGACUUGAGGAGCAAGCUGCUCGAGACCUCUGAGAUUCGUCGUGCUGUUGCUCGUGAAACUACUCUUGAUCAUCAAGUCGUCAAAGGACCUGCCAAGGGAGCCAAUAUUACUGUUACUCCCCGUGCUAACAUGAAGUUUGAUUUCCUUAAGCUCAAGAAGCCUACCAUGACUCAUCUACGCGGUAUGCUUGACUUGGACAAGGUUAUUGUUGUUACUGGCUUUGGAGAAGUUGGACCUUAUGGUGGUUCGCGUACUCGUUGGGAAAUGGAAAGCUACGGCGAGCUAUCACUUGAAGGCUGCAUUGAAUUGGCAUGGAUCAUGGGAUACAUUACUUUCCACCGUGGUCCUCUUGGAAAGAUUCCCAACUAUUCUGGAUGGAUUGAUGUUGAGACCAAGCAGCCAGUUCAAGACUCUGAGAUCAAGAGCAAGUACGAGACCAAGAUUCUUGAACACACAGGUAUCCGUCUGAUUGAGCCAGAGAUUUUUGAAGGCUAUGAGCCUACCAAAAAGAUGUUCAUUCAAGAAAUCGCCAUCACAGAAGAGAUGACUGCCAUUGAGGUUAGCAAGGAAGAAGCUGCUGCCUUCAAACUACACAAUGGCGAAUCUGCCAUUAUUGAGCAGCGCGGUGAUCAAUGGUUUGUCAGUUUUGCCAAGGGUGCUAGCAUUUAUGUGCCAAAAUCACUUCGUUUUGAUCGUCUUGUCGCUGGUCAAAUCCCAUCUGGAUGGAGUGCGCAGCGUUAUGGUGUUCCCGAAGAUAUUGUUGCACAGGUUGAUCCAAUUACUCUAUAUACUUUGGUUGCGACUGUUGAAGCACUUAUUUCUUCUGGUAUCACUGAUCCGUACGAGUUUUACAAAUACGUUCAUGUUUCCGAGGUUGGAAACACAGCUGGCGGUGGUAUGGGUGGCAUGCUGGCCAUGCGCAAAAUCUUUAGAAGAUAUGCUGAAAUGCCCUCUUCCAAAGACAUUUUACAAGAAAGCUUUAUCAACACCAUGCCUGCAUGGAUUAAUAUGUUGCUUCUUUCGUCGUCUGGACCAAUCAAGACACCUGUUGGUGCAUGUGCUACUGCUGCCGAAUCUGUCGAGAUUGCAGUGGAUACUCUCUUGUCUGCCAAGGCACGCGUUGUUAUCUGUGGUGGCUAUGAUGAUUUCCAAGAGGAAAGCUCAUAUGAAUUUGCCAAUAUGAAGGCCACAUCCAGCUCUGAUGCUGAGUUUGCCAUGGGUCGCGAACCCCGUGAGAUGUGCCGUCCUGCUUCUGACACUCGCAGCGGCUUUAUGGAGUCUCAUGGUGCUGGUAUUGCAGUAUUGAUGACUGCCAGUCUUGCUCUCAAGAUGGGUGUUCCUAUUCGUGGCAUUAUUGCAUCAACCAGCACUGCUACAGACAAAAACAGCCGAUCUGUUCCUGCUCCGGGACAAGGUGUGCUCACUACUGCUCGCGAAGCUUCAUUUGGCACUGCCAAAUCAUACCCACUUUUAGAUAUCAAAUACCGUGCUCGUUAUCUCAAGCGCGAGCGCGAGUUUAUUAAACAGUGCGUUGCCGAAGAGUUGGAAGACUUGAAGGGUGAACUCCAAACCGGUCUUGCAAAUGGUCUCAUCACCGACAAAGAUGUAUUCAUGGCUGAGCGCACUGCUCUUAUUGAGCAAGAUGCUUGCCGUAAGGAAAAGGCAGCCUUGUCCACAUGGUCUCACGACUGGUGGCGCAGCAACCCUCACGUUUCUCCUCUACGUGCCGGUCUAUCCACAUUUGGUCUUACUGUUGACGACAUUGGAGUUGCGUCUUUCCACGGCACAGGAACCAAGGCCAACGACUACAACGAGUCGUCUGUCGUGAAUCAGCAAAUGGAGCAUCUUGGCCGUACAUCUGGUAAUGUUCUUCCAGCUGUUUUCCAGAAGCAUCUUACUGGACAUCCCAAGGGUGCAGCAGCAGCUUGGAUGCUCAAUGGUGCACUUCAGAUGCUUGAAACUGGUAUUGUUCCAGGUAAUCGCAAUCUUGAUAACGUAGAAGAUCGUCUUCGUAAAUUCAAGUACAUUGUGUAUCCCAGCCGAUCUGUUCAAACUGACGGUCUCAAGGCGAUUGUGCUCAAGUCGUUUGGAUUUGGACAGGCAGGUGCAGAAAUACUGGUUCUUCAUCCCGACUACCUAUUUGCAGCGAUUGAUGAUGCCAAUUUCGAGGCAUAUGCCAAGGAGCGCGAGAUUCGUCAAGUUGCUUCGUACCGAUACUACCACGAGAUGCUUACUAGUACAGCACCUCUUGUCCGUGUCAAGGAUGCUGCACCAUAUACUGAUGCACAACAGUCUACUGUUUAUCUCAAUCCGCUUGCACGUGCUACAUUUGACAAGAAGACCGGAUCCUACAACUUUAACAACAAGGAUGCUCUUGCAGGAAAAGAAACCAUCAAAUCCUCUGAUUUGGCGGUUACACACGCGCUCGUUGAACAAGCUGCUACCAAGCUUGGUGCCUCAUCUACCGACGGUCUCGGUGUUGAUGUGCAGCUGAUUUCCGAAAUGUCAAUCACUAACGAUGUGUUUGUUGCUCGCAACUUUACGCCUGAAGAGAUUGCAUAUUGCAAGGCAUCUGCCAACCCCACAGCCAGUUUUGCAGGUCGUUGGGCAGCCAAAGAAGCUGUGAUCAAGGCAGUUUCGAAUGCAGCAGGUAACAAGGUUGUAUGGACCAAAGGUGCAGGCGCUCCAUUGAAUGAGAUUGAGAUCACUCGUGCAGAAGGACAAGCACCUAUCGUGGUUCUCCACGGCGACGCCAAAAAGGCUGUUGCAUUAGCCGGUGUCGCAGGACUCAAGGCCACCAUUAGCCAUAGCGGCUCAUAUGCUGUUGCCGUAGUAUCAGCUUCUCAUAAAGCCUAAGUACGCCAGUUUUUAUCAGUCAUUAUCAUCUUUUUAGAUGGUACACAAUAAACAUUUAUUGUUUUUGAAUU